UUGGAAAAUUGUCUUCAAAACUAUGUUUUACAAAGUGUUUGAAUAAUAUGAUUUCAAGUGAUUCUAACGUAUUCUAUUUCUUAGUUUGAAAACAAAAUCUAUUGUGAACAAAAGUUGAUUGCUAGUUCAUAAAACGUAACAUUCUGAUGUUUUAUGUAAAACAUAACUAUUUUUGAGAACUGAACAAAGUUGGAAUAAUCUGUUAUUUAUUCAAGUGAAGGAAUUCUAUUUAUAUUUUACUCAUACUGUUUGGAUAACAUGUGCUAGUUCCACAAAGGAAAGACGAUGGGAAAGAGGAACAGUAAGCUAAAAGCAGACGACAUAGAAGACCUAAAGAAUUCAACAUACUUUACGGAAGAAGAAAUACACCAAUGGUAUAAAGGUUUUAUGAAAGACUGUCCAGACGGUAAACUUACGCUAGAGGGCUUUACUAAAAUAUACAAACAGUUCUUUCCAUUUGGUGACCCAAGUAGAUUUGCAACAUUUGUGUUCAACGUCUUUGACAAAAACCAUGAUGGUUAUAUUGAAUUCCAUGAAUUUCUCCAAGCUUUGUCUGUGACUUCAAGGGGAAACGUAGAGGAAAAACUUCAAUGGGCAUUCCGGUUGUAUGAUUUAGACAGCGAUGGGUUUAUUACUAAAGAUGAACUCCGAGACAUUGUAGAAUCUAUCUACAAAAUGGUGGGAAAUGCAGUGAAACUUCCGGAGGAAGAAAACACACCAGAUAAGAGAGUGAACCGAAUAUUUGACGUUAUGGAUAAGAAUCAUGACGAUAAGUUAACAUUUGAUGAAUUCCUUGAAGGGUCAAAAAAAGACCCAACAAUUAUACAAGCUUUAACAAUUUACGAUGGCUCACAUGUAACAACGUGAGAAGAACACACUCAAACAUCAAACAAAACAUUACUUUUGAACAAAAACAAAACGAAACUGCUAGAAACGUGUCUGUGUUGUUUUCUUUGCAAUGAGGAGGAAUUAAAUUUGAAUUUUGACCUUUGCUUGGCACACUAAACGACUGGGUCCAUUUCGGCUUUCACGAAUGUAUGUAAACAUGUAUGUAAACAGCUUUCAGGCAAGGAGAUGUUAAAGUUGAGCAUUUUGUUCAUCGUGUAUAUAUAAACUGUGAAAUCAUUGCUCAGUGUUUUUUAUUGGAUACUUUUUAUCUAAUUGCACUGUUUAUCUCGAAAUGUUGAUUUCCUUGAAAUUCGCUAUUAUUUUUAAUGUUUUAAGAUAAUAUUUACUGGUGAACUUUAAGUUAUUUCUAUAAAAGAUAGCAAAAGCCGUGUUUUGUUGAAUAUAUAUUUUAGUUGUUUUGAAUAACAACUGUAGCAUUUGUAUGGCGAUAAAAAUAAAUGUAAUGACUAUUUAUUUUAAUGCUGUCAGGAAAGCCAAGUUAUUUUUUUUUAAUCUAUAUCACUUUUUGUUUUUUAAAUUUAACACGCUACAAAAUACAAAUAAUGUUUGUAUUGUGAGUAUGCAAUUUAUGCACUUUAAUAUGAUAUUCAAGGAGGAAAAUAUUGUCAAUAUGUCAUAACAGCUUUCGGCCGAAUUAGUUUCUUCAUUGAGUCUAUUUAAGUUCAUUCCUCCUUUACUUUUUACUAGCUUUAUGGUUUGUUUAUAAUUUGAAUACGCAUUUUUUAGUUGGACAAUGUGCAUAGAAAUGAUGCAGAUAAUACUUGUAAAUAAUAUUUAAGUUAUCUCUUGCAAAUCAACGUACCACUUUUGUUUUGGCAAUUCUUAAUAUAUGUAAUUUUAACAUGCCGUUACUCAACAAUUCAACAUAGUUUAUUGAUUUGAAUUAACCCAAUAAACUUGUGUAAAUGAAUUGAAAUUUGAAAACUCUACAAAAUAUUCAAUAACUCUGUUUCAUAUUUUAAGAUAUGACCUAGUUCAAUAAAUCAGUUGAUCUUCACAAUUAAUCAUAAUUAUUCAUUUAAUUCAAUAAAAGCUCUCAUUUCCAAUUUAAUCUAUAGUUCGCCAAAAAUCGUUUAUAAAACAUUUUUUUCAAUAAAUCUUGAACUAACUUGAAAUCAUUGCAAAACCAAAAUUUGUUUUGAAAACUUUUAUUUUUGUGAUUUUCGAAAACCAAAAAACCAAAUGCAAGUAUUAAAAUUAUGAUAUAAAGAACAAUGCAUAUACUUUACUAGCAUAAGUCUGCUUAUUCAUUAAAGAUGUAAGUAAAUAGAAGUAAUUUUAAAAAAACAACAACAUGUUUAAUUAUUUUUUUUAAUGUUUUAUGUGACAAUAAAAAUGCUUCAAGUUCAUACAUUUUUAAAAGUGAUUUCUAAAUAAGCAUUGUUCAAGUUUAUUUAAUGCAUAAUGUGUGCAAACAAAGUAAGCAAAUUACUAUAAGAUGUAUUUGUAAGUCAUUUGUUAUGAAAGGCAGUUUUGUUGCUGACUUUUGUGUUAUUUUAUAUUCUUAUUAUAGCCUGCUUUAUUUGCAUUAUAGCGAAUCUUUAAGGGUCUGAAUUGUUUAAGAAAUUGCCUUAAAUUGCAACAUCGUCUGUUAUGGUUUAUAUAAUCUAAUGUUACACUACUUCACGACAAAGAACGACAAUUUUUAAACAUCAAGAAGAGGAUUUUCGUCCAUCAAGACUGAUGGACAACGUUUUUAUCUGUUUUAUUUAAAUAAUUGAUAUCAAACUAGGCAAAUUGUUAUUUACUUGAAUUUUUUAUAUUCAAUAGAAUAAAAGUAGGAUGAUUGUUUAUACAUUAUGAAACUUUAUGAUUUAUCAAUUUCUUGAUAUUGCAUAGAUUUUACUUACACAUCACACUAUAAGUAAUAUUUUAUGAGUCAGAUUUCUUUCUUAUGCACUGCAAGACAUUUCUUUACACGAAACAGUACGCAAUUCAAACACACGAUUAACUUUUAUUGAAAAUAAAAUAUAAUAUACCUUU